AUGUCAAAUACUUGCGUUGCAAUCGACCCCAAUGGUGACACUCUAGUCAUCCUUGCAACCAAGCAGGACCCUCCUCCUUCCAAAGAACCCACCGAACCUGCUGGCACUACCAAGUCACCGAUAUUCAUCGAGAAACAUUUUCUCUGCUCUCAGAAGCACUUGACACUUGCAUCGCGUCGUGCUUCAAAGUUGUUCUCAAGCGCCUUCAAAGAAGCUUCCAAAUAA